AUGGACCCGAUAAAGUAUAUAUUCGAAAAGCCUACUGUUACUGGUAGAAUUGCCCAGUGGCAAAUGCUGCUAACUGAGUAUGAUAUACAGUACGUGACCCAGAAAGCAAUAAAAGGGAGUGUUCUAUCUGACUAUCUCGCUCACCUGCCUAUCAAAGGUUACCAACCGUUGAGGUUUGACUUUCCAGAUGAAGACAUCAUGUUUAUCAAAGACUUUACUAUGCCAGGCUUUGAGGUAAGCUCUGAGGAAGGCCCCGAACUAGGAUCGCGAUGGACGCUCGUGUUAGGCGGUGCUUCCAAUGCCCGAGGUCAUGGUAUAGGUGUUGUUAUCACUUCUCCAACUGGUUUCCACAUUCCCUUUACCGCUAGAUUGUGUUUUAACUGCACCAACAACAUUGCAGAAUAUGAACCAUGUAUCUACGGUCUAGAGGCGGCAAUCGAUUUUAGAAUCAAAAUACUCAAGGUAUUAGGUGAUUCAGCUCUGGUAAUCAGUCAGGUGAAAGGCGAUUGGGAAACUCGGGAUAGCAAGUUGAUAUCCUACAAAUAG